UACAUGUGUUUGGUGGUAUUAUGACAAGUAAAAUGACAACAGCAAACCAAUAUUUAUUGUCACCGUGUGCGUAAUAGCUAAACUUGCCAUUAGUUUAAACGCAUUUUCUUCAGUGACAGUUUGUACUUUAUCGUGGCCAAAAUCUUAAAAUACAAAUAAAAUCACAAACUCAGAUGCAUUAUCCUGUUGGUUAUAAUCGAUCUCUAAUGAUCGUCUUGUUGGUGACGUACUUCAUACGAGUCGGCAGCGCUACGCCACUGGAAAAAUGGGGAUUCCCCGAGACGGAACCAGGCCCACCUCCGCCGGGAACCUCGUCGACGCCACCGUUCCGGCUGCUGGAGGCCGCGCAGCGGGCGGCCGCAGCACUGGUACGGGACACGGCCCGAGUGUCAGACAAAGUGCUAUGGAGCUUUGGCAAGAUGCUGCUGUCGGCGGGCGAGUCUGUCAACUACGUGUGGGACGCGGCCCUGAACGCCACUGUCCAGCUGCUCAAGGCCGGCGGCGCGGCGUGCGGCUCGGUGGCCGAACGGUUGGCCCACGUCCCGGUGAUCGGGUUCGGCGCGUCCGGCGUCCACGAGGUGGUCGGCGUAGCGGUGAACGCGGUGGCCAGCAACGUGGCCCACGACUCGGUGGUCCGGGGUCAGGCGCUCGCCGCGCUCAACGCCAAGCUGAACGAGAGCGGCGCCCGUCUGCGGCCGGCCGCGGGCGAGACAGGCGCUCCGGCACAAGCGACCACGGCGACUGACCAGCAAGGCCCGGUCUCGUUUUUUCCAAUCGGGUAGCACAGUGCCCAACCUAACACGUAUUAUUCAACAACAUCGAAAGGCCUACGCGCAUGCGUUACAAUAAUAUGUUAUACACGUCAGAUGUCUUUAUCGUGCACGACACACCUAUACUCAACUUCAGUGCUUGACUUGGAAAACAAAAUUCUAGGGCUACUCUAAUCACUUCUGAUUAUUAUCGGAAAAUUGUGUUUCUCAGCACGUACAUAAUUCACAUAUCACCGUCAUAUCAUUACAUUUCAUCGCACGAUACUUCGGGUCACUAAUUACAAAACAGGUACAUACUUUUAACUCAGUUUUAUUUAAAUUGUUUAUACCUACAUGUAGUGGUUCUUAAUAUGUUUUAUUAUAAAUACCUUUAUUCGACUAAUCACAACGACUAACAAAAAUUGUAUUUUGGAAUUGUUUCCCGAGAAACUAUGAAAGGAGUGUUACGUUCUUGCACAUUACCUUACCAAAAUUGUGUACCACGCAAAGCAUUCCACACAACUUGUAGAUAAGGAUUUUUAUACCCUUAGGUAAUGUUAUCAUUGAUACCUGCAAAAUUAAUUUUGGGUACUCGGUCCCGGUAAUUUAUGUAUUUUUUGUACUUUUGGCCGCCUCUCCAUGCCACCCCAAUAUUAAGCCCUGGAUCCGCCACUUCCCCCCCCCCCCCACGACACCAUUCUAAACCAAAUAAAAUUUACGUUUACAUAUUUUACAUUUUUACAAUAAUCAUCACUUUUAUUUUGUUGUAACCAAGCCAGUCAGCUAUAAUUGGUGAUAACGUUAUCCACGCUCUCUGUAAAUAUUUUAAUUAAAAUCGAGUACCAAACAUGAAAAUGAAUAUAUUAUUAUAAAUUGUUAUUGUUAUUUUUAGUAGAUAUAAUAAACAGGAAAAUAUAGUCGAUUAAGUACACAUAAGGUAAUCGUCUUUAAGUUCUAAGAGCAGGGAUAAUUGUUGGGUGUCUACCUAAUAUGUUAUCAGGUUACCAUGUAAACAGGGUAGAUAGAUAAAAAAUAAAAUGGCCAAUCACGAAAAAAUUGACCUUAGUCUGUAAGUCUUAGUCUAUAUAGACCUAUACUAAAAUAUUAUAGAAUGGUGUCCUUCCGUUUCAUAUCUGCACUUUGAAAAUUCACCCAUAUAUUGUUUACAAAAAUUAUAGAUUUAAUUACACAAAUUCUAUCUUGGUGAAAAAUAAUAACUCAACUUGUAUUAUGUUUAUAUUAAAUGUGUAUAAAUAUUAAAUCUAUAAACAAUGGUGGUCAUUAUCGGAUCAAUUGACGCUAAGACCAAUUUUUUCGAAUGAUAUAUAUAAUAUUAAUAUAUAAAACUGUAAGCAGUGGCGUAGACAAGAGGGACGUAGAGGUCAGAUCUCCCCCCCCCUCAUUGGCUUUUUAUUACCUUUGUAAAACGUUUUAAGAGGGUAGGGGAUUUUUCAAUUUUCCCUUCCCAUUUAGCUAUGUCAUUUUCUUUAUUGAUCCCCCCCCCUUUCUGAAACUAUGUCUACGCUACUGACUGUAAGUUAGAAUGCACAUAUUUGAUACCUACAAAUUUUUAACUAGUCUAGUGAAAUAACAAAAUGUAUAUAGUUAUAAUUUUAUGAUCAAAUAAUAUUUAAUACAUACAAUAUUCUAUACGGUGAUUUUUUUAACUAUCUUGAGCAAUAUCAUAAUCUAAGACAGCAGCACAUCCAAAUUUAAUAUUAUUACCUAGUUGCAUUAAAAUGAUCAUUAUGAUUUAUUAUUAUUUAUUAUAAUUUUUUGUUUUAAUUGAUAUUCCUAACUUUUGGAGGUCCUUAGAUUUCUUUUUAGCAACUUGUGGGCUGUGCGAACAAAAAAGUUUGAGAUCUACUUUAAGGUAGGUAUUUUAGUAGGUACGUCAUAAUUUGUAUUAUAUUUUACAGAAAAAGAAAAUAAGAUAAUAAUAUAUUAUAAUGGAUGAGGUACCGAGGUAAUUGUGUAUAUUGUUUUUAUUGUACCUAUAUUAGAAUAAUAAGAAUGUAUACAUUACUAAUCACAAAGUAUAUAUAAAUUACAUGUUAUAUUCCUAUCAACUAUAUUUCUAGUUUCUACCGCCUGAUACAAGGUAUUUUAAAAUUUGUUUGUAUAACUUAUUAUAUUUGUAAUAAUUUAUUUAUUUUAGUAACUAAAAAAUAAAUCAGCUAUUUGUAUGACAUUUUAUUUCUAAAGAGCUGUAUUUUGUAUACCUAGCUAAAUAAAAAAUAAACACUA